AUGGCGCCCUGGAGCGGCUUCUGGGCCGGCAGGCCCGCGCUCGCCGGCGGCGGCACGCCGGUCGUCGUCAAGAUGGAGAAUCCCAACUGGUCGAUCUCCGAGGUGGAUGACGCCGACGGGGAGUUCUUGGCCGGUGCCGCGGGAGGGCGGCGGCGGCCGCGCAGGGGCAAGAACGCCAAGCAGAUCACCUGGGUGCUGCUGCUCAAGGCCCACCGCGCCGCCGGGUGCCUCGCGUGGCUCGCCUCCGCCGCCGUCGCGCUCGGCGGCGCCGCGCGGCGCCGCGUCGCCGCCGGACGGACGGAUGACUCCGACGCCGACGCCGCGGUGGCGCCGGCGCGGCGCUCCAGGCUCUACGCGUUCAUCAGGGCGUCCCUCGUGCUGUCCGUCUUCCUCCUCGCCGUCGAGCUCGCCGCCUACACCAACGGCCGGGGCCGCGUCCUCCUCGCCUCCGUCGUCUCGUUCCACGCGUCGUGGGUGCGCUUCCGCGCCGACUACGUGGCGCCGCCGCUCCAGCUCCUCUCCGACGCCUGCGUCGUGCUCUUCCUCGUCCAGAGCGCCGACCGCCUCGUCCAGAGCCUCGGCUGCCUCUACAUCCACCUCAACCGCAUCAAACCCAACCCCGUCUCGCCGGCGGCGGCAUUGCCCGACCCGGAGGACCCCGACGCCGGCUACUUCCCCAUGGUGCUCGUCCAGAUACCAAUGUGCAACGAGAAGGAGGUGUAUCAGCAAUCGAUUGCAGCUGUGUGCAAUCUGGAUUGGCCGAGGUCCAAUUUCUUGGUACAGGUGCUCGACGACUCCGAUGACCCAACAACACAGGCAUUGAUCAGGGAAGAGGUGGAGAAGUGGCGGCAGAAUGGCGCGCGCAUCGUGUACCGCCACCGUGUGCUCCGGGAGGGGUACAAGGCCGGCAAUCUCAAGUCGGCGAUGAGCUGCAGCUAUGUGAAGGACUACGAGUAUGUCGCCAUCUUCGACGCCGACUUCCAGCCUUACCCUGACUUCUUGAAGCGCACUGUGCCACAUUUCAAGGACAAUGAGGAAUUGGGGCUGGUUCAGGCAAGGUGGUCAUUUGUAAACAAGGAUGAGAACCUCCUGACACGGCUGCAGAACAUCAACCUGUGCUUCCACUUUGAAGUGGAGCAGCAGGUUAAUGGCAUGUUCAUCAACUUCUUUGGGUUCAAUGGCACAGCUGGGGUGUGGAGGAUCAAGGCGCUGGAGGACUCGGGAGGCUGGAUGGAGCGUACUACGGUGGAGGACAUGGACAUUGCGGUCCGCGCGCAUCUCAAUGGCUGGAAGUUUGUAUUCCUGAAUGAUGUGGAGUGCCAGUGUGAACUACCAGAGUCUUAUGAGGCAUACAGGAAGCAACAGCACCGCUGGCAUUCGGGGCCAAUGCAACUGUUUAGGCUAUGUUUACCAGACAUCAUUAGAUGCAAGAUUGCAUUUUGGAAGAAGGCCAAUUUGAUAUUUAUCUUCUUUCUUCUUCGCAAGCUCAUCUUGCCCUUCUACUCCUUCACGCUUUUCUGCAUCAUCCUACCAAUGACAAUGUUUGUGCCUGAAGCUGAGCUUCCUGACUGGGUUGUCUGCUACAUUCCUGCCCUGAUGUCCCUCCUGAACAUCCUACCUGCACCAAAAUCAUUCCCGUUCAUCAUCCCAUACUUGCUCUUUGAGAACACUAUGUCUGUUACCAAGUUCAAUGCAAUGAUCUCUGGGCUUUUCCAGCUUGGAAGUGCAUAUGAAUGGGUGGUCACCAAGAAAUCGGGCCGAUCAUCAGAGGGUGAUCUUAUUGCAUUGGCACCCAAGGAGAUGAAACAACCAAAUGCCUGCUCGAUGCCAAUCCUUGAUCUUGCAGCAAUCAAGGAGCAGUCAAUUCUGAAGCAAUCCUCUCCCAGAAAGGAGGCCAAGAAGUACAACCGGAUAUACAAGAAGGAGCUUGCCCUUUCAUUGCUUCUCCUGACUGCGGCUGCUCGCAGUUUGCUGUCGAAACAAGGGAUACAUUUCUACUUCCUACUGUUUCAGGGUUUGUCAUUCUUGUUGGUCGGCCUUGACCUCAUAGGUGAGGAUGUCAAAUAAUCUGUAGUGUAGACAAAAAACAGGAGAUGUUGAACAGCAAUCCAUCAUCAGGGAUGUGGUUGUACUUUUGUUCAGGUGUAGGAAUUAGGAAUUCAGAUGCGAAUGCUCGUUCGGAGGAUUAGUCUGUGGCUGUAAGUCAUGUGUAGAUAGUUAGUUAUUGGCCUGUAAAUCAGUUAGUGGUUUCAGGCCACUUGAUUCUUUUGUAACUAGUUUGUGCUCAGGUUUUAGAUCACCUUACAAUGCAACAGAUGUUUUUCACCUAUCUGAAUCUGAUGGAUGCUUGGGGCUGAAAACAUUCACACAUCCUUGUGUAGCUGCU